AGUAUUAUAAUUAAAUUCGCUUAGAUAACCCUCACUCGCGCAAAACCAUACACAAAUAAUAACAUAACCUGUGUUAAAAUGGAAGGUAUUUUAGCAUUAGGUCAUUUCUGUGAAACGCACGGUCCUUGCGUCGUUUUAUCCACACAAAGAUGUAAAGGUGAUCCUGAGCAAGGUCCACACAGCCUCACAGUUCCAUGGUGUGAGGCCUGCCAAUCCCUGGAGCUGGAUCAGGCUUUAGUCAGCCGGGAUGAGUAUUGCAUCUAUGUAACAACAAGAACACCUUUGCAGCAGGACUUGGCUUUCCUAUUGAAGCAGGCUACUGUGAGGAGCCUCAGUUGUGAGCAGGAGGGUACACUGUACUUUGGAGAUAAUGAGAGAGGUCAUGUUAUUUCGCACAGCUUUACAGUUCACGAUUCAUUGGCCAGAGGAUUCUUGAGGAAGUAUACUAUUUUAAUGUUAAUGAGAGAUAAGCUCCAUUUAUUGAACAAAUGGACAUUUUUACUUAAGCACAUAAAGGACAUUGCUGGAAUUUUGAAUGAAUAUUCAGCUAAAGUAAAUGAAGAGGAACAAUUGCAGAGACCACAAAGAUCUGUGAGGCAAGCUCAAAAUCAGCCCAACAAUACGGGACGUUCCUUGUCCCAACUAACAGGAAAGCCAGCAAUAUAUGCUCAUCUGCACCUGUGGUUUGCAUGGCUUUUAGGCUGCCAAAUAAUUGUUGAAAAACCAUUCUCUUCAAAUCUACCAGUGCCAAAACCGUCCUCACUUCUUAGGACUUUAUUUCAAGAGAUAGGACAAGAGAAAUUCAAGCUUAUAGCUCUAUGCAUUCUCACAGGAAAAACUGUGGAUGCCAGUGAUCCCAAUAUGUUGGAAACAUUGUACUCGAUGCUACCAGACCCUAAUUGGGUGCAAAAGGCUGAUAAAUCAAAAUACUGCAAAAUAAGGAAAGAAAACAAUUGGCUCAUAGAUUCCAAUGUACUUAAUCCAGGAAAGACUUCGACUUUACAGAACGAAAUAGAAAAUGCUCUAGGCGACGCCAGACUAACAGAAAGCGCUCUAGAACCCCAAUUAACUUCAAUUGUAAUGCAUUGGCUGCAUAUCGCCAGAGUCUUAUCCUGGUGUCCCCAGAUGGAUCUGAAAUUGCUGCAGAGUUUGAACGUGCAGAAACACGAUAUUCCCGUUUUAAUAUAUUGGACUCUCAACUGCUCUGACUGUGAUAAACAUGAUUCAAUUGUAAAAAGUUUAUACAAUAUCUAUGGUGUUAGUUAACUAUGAAAUAAA